AUGCAUUAUCCAAAAGCCGAAGGUUAUCGUCUGAGCCAUAAUAAAUUCGGUUUCGGUAGUCAUUUACCUGAAAAUCCAUGUUAUUACACCGUCGCUAUAGAUCCUUUGAAAAAAAAUGGUUCAAAUGACUAUUUGAAGUUGUUCGAAACCUCACGUUAUCGAAACCUGGUUUUGCUUAUCAGAAAUCAGUCUAAAUCUGUUAAUCACACAUGUGGCCAAAAUAUGACGAGUGCAAAAAAGCAACCAUACGUUAAUCCAAGAAUUAGAGGGAUAUCAGGCGAUGAUGAAAAAGAAGUAUUAAGAAAGCUACAACUGUUGUGUCGAUACGAUAGUGAGAAACGGUUACAAACAAAUGGAAAAAAGCAGCUUGGAAGGCACUACAAGAACUGA